GGAGCCGCUCUGCGCAUGCUCGCAGCUUUAACAUUAAUAGUAUACAGAACGUAUUUUUUUCAAGGCGUAUAGUAGUCAUCUCGCUAAAACGACACCGUUUUGUUUUUGUUUUUUUGGGAAUGCAUGUUUUAGUGUGCGUUGAAGAAAAUCGGCUGCCGUCCAUGUUUUCCAGACAGAAGUUGUAGCCACCGUAAAGCUAUUUGUGUGUCGCUGAAGGGAACGAACUAUGUCGGCAAAUAAAACAAAGAAGGUCAAAAUGGCUACUAAAUCUUGCCCAGAAUGCGACCAACAGAUUCCUGUUGCGUGCAAGUCGUGUCCAUGUGGCUUUGUGUUCAUUAGCAGAAAACUCCUAAAUGCCAAGUUAAAUGAACGCUCUUCUCCAGCUAUAGCAGACAAGCUGGACUUUAAGAGGAGGAGGACAGAACGCAUCCGCAGAGAGAGGAUUGAUUCUCCUUUAACCAAUGACAUGGAGAACAGGAGAAGACCCCGGACCAACAGUCAAUCAGAUCCCAUCAGAAGGGGGCGGGGCAGACCAAAAACAGUGGGGCUGAAGAAACAAGAAGAGGAGAAAGAGAAACAAGAGAAGGAAGUGGAUAUUUAUGCCAGUCUGUCUGAUGAGAAGGCCUUUGUGUUCUCUGUGGCUUUGGCUGAGAUUAACCGUAAGAUCCUUGGUCAGAGACUCAUUUUAUAGAUGAAAACCUGAUUAACUGCAAAACCUAGCACAGAGGACCUACUAAAUAGCAAAAGGAUGACCAAAGAGAGCAGAACUGGCUGGAGUUUAACUUUAAACUGGAGGGCUUUCCCUUGGAUGAUGGGACAAGAUUCACAGAACUGAAAGAAGUCACAGCUCUUCAGCACCUUGAACUAUACACCCGUCAUAUGUAAAAGGACUGGUGAUUGAUAAGUUUGUGCCCUAAGGUAGACGGAGAUGAGUUGUAUGGCUCUUGUCCAGUUCCACAUUUUGAGUGAUAAUGCGGAAAGUUUUAAAACAAUAACUUUUGUGUUAUUCGUGUUUCGGGCGAUUGAAAAGUCAAACAGACCUGUCUGACAAAAUAGAUAAUCAUGGCCUCUGCCCAGUCAUCCACCACAUCUGUCUGAAGGAGGUCCACGAGGGCAAGAUGGCAGCACUAGUGGAUGUUCCCUCUUCUUCCAGCGUAGUGAAGGAGUGAGCUGUCGAAUUCAAGAGGAAGUUGAUGGUCUAAGAUGCAGACUAUUACAAAGAAGGGAUCCGCAUGUUCUGCAACCACCAGAAAACGUGCACCAGCAUAGGAGGGUACUAUGUUGAAAAAGAAAUAUGCCAGAUUUCCUAAAAGUGACUCCUACCUUGGGCCAGAACUUGUUAAUCACCUACUGUGUGUUUCUGGAUAAAAAGUAAGUAUGGCUUGCGUGCUGUAUUGACAUACUGUUGUUGGAAACAAAACUGUACAGAACAAGCAGAUAAUUAUGAAACAUUUGUGCCUGUCGAUAGAACCAUGUCUGCGUUCACACCAUACUGUGAAUGCCUCUUAAUUCUAAUCAUAAUUUAAUUUUACUUUAUUUAAGGAACAUCUUCAGUCAGUUUGAUAUAAUUGAAAGACAUGUUUUUGUCACAAACUGAUUCUUGUAAUUCAGACUGAAGCUUCUAAAAGGCAGUUAGACAUUUUUUUGCACCAUCUUCGUUAAGUCUUCAGGUUUCCUUAAGUGAGGUGACUUUCACAAUGGCUGCGAUGUAAAGGAAGCUGACAAAAAGUGCAAGUCAAUGAGACACAGGUUGUGAGGUACCAGUAAUGUAGUAAUUAUGGUUACUUUUAAAAUAUGUCAGACUCUUCCUUUUAGACUCUAUCCAUCUUUUAUUAUCUCAGUAAUUAUUUUUGCUUAAUUGAUGUUCUGUUCGAUGCAGGAUGAUAUAUUAAAGUCUACUCUGUGUACAGACA